CCCAUUCAACACAGGAUAGAGAUAGGGCCUGGCAUUAGAACUCCUAAGGGUGCAGUCUACAGGAUGUCCCCUAGAGAGUUAGAGGAGUUUCACAAGCAGUUAGACGAACUCCUUGAGAAAGGUUGGAUCAGGCCCAGUUCGUCUCCUUUUGGAGCACCCGUUUUGUUUGUCCCCAAGAAGGAAGGAGAGCUGAGAAUGUGUUUAGACUAUAGGGGUUUGAAUGCGAUCACGGUGAAGAAUGCUGAGCCGCUGCCCCGGAUAGACGAUCUUUUAGAUCGGGUGCAAGGUUGUAAGUAUUUCUCCAAGAUAGACCUGAAAUCCGGAUACCAUCAGAUAGAAGUCCAUCCUGAUGAUCAGUAUAAGACUGCAUUCCGGACUAGAUAUGGACACUAUGAGUUUAUAGUGAUGCCCUUUGGAUUAACCAAUGCGCCAGCCACUUUUCAGCGUUGUAUGAACGAUCUAUUUAGACCAUGGUUAGAUAAGUUUGUAGUAGUCUAUCUAGACGAUAUCCUAGUUUUUAGUAAGACCCUCCAGGAGCAUCAGGGUCAUCUGAGACAGGUGUUGGAGAAACUUAGAGAGGCUAACUUUAAGAUCAACGCGAAGAAGUGUGAGUCGGCCAAGACACAAGUUUUGUACUUUGGCCACGUAUUAGACGGAGAUGGCAUCAAGCCAGAGGACAGCAAGAUCGCGACGAUUAGAGAUUGGUCGACGCCCCGCAUAUUGACAAAGUUGCGGUCGUUCCUAGGCUUAGCUAACUACGACAGGAAGUUCGUAAGGAACUUCUCCACUAUCGCCGCUCCCUUGCGCCGAUUGCUGAAGAAAGAGGUAAUCUGGCAAUGGGACAAAGACUGUACGUUUGCGCUCAAGAAGCUAAAGCACGCGUUAAUAGAGUAUCAUGUCCUCAAAGUUGCAGAUCCAUCUUUGCCAUUUGUCGUCACCACGGACGCGAGCCAGUAUGGGAUAGGCGCCGUGUUGCAGCAAGACGACGACAAUGGUUAUAGACCCGUAGAGUUCAUGUCAGCGAGGAUGCCCUGUGAGAAGGUUGUUGCCUCCACGUACGAGAGAGAACUCUACGCUCUCAGGCAGGCUUUAGAUCAUUGGAAGCACUACCUGCUUGGGAGGCACUUCAAAGUCUACUCGGACCAUGAAACACUUAGAUGGUUGAAGACCCAGGCCAAGAUGACACCGAAGUUUACCAGGUGGGCCGCAGAGAUAGACCAAUUCGACUUUGAGCUCAAGUCAGUGAAGGGCAAGUACAAUGUAGUGGCGGAUGCUCUAAGUAGGAGAUCAGACUACUUUGGAACCGUAGUACAUUAUCUUGAUACUUCGGGAUUUUUGGGGAUUUUAUUUAGUCAUUUUGCUUGAUCUAGCAUAUUAUAUCCCGACUUGUAUUCGGUGUGUCGUUACUGAAAUACAUUGUGAGAUCUUCGGGAUUUUACUUAGUCAUUUUGCUUGAUCUAGCGUAUUGUAUCCCGACGU